AUGCCUGAGUGGGCUCUGCCUUACAAUUGCUAUGAGAUCGGCCAUACGUGGAAUCCCAACUGCGAUGAGGCGGCCCUCGAUGUCUGUAAAUUUUACUACACUUUAUGCUCGUAUUUACCGGUUUUUGUAAGCAGUCUAUUGGCUAUACUGAUAGAGAAGCGGUCGAGAAGGGGUGCGUUAGCCGUCUAUUGCGCUAACAUUGCCUCCGAAACCGUUUACCGAAUGCUUAUUAAUAGACAUAUUGUGAAACCCAUUGCCAGAGGAGAAGUCCUUAUAUUCACGUAUGGUUAUGGUAGGGAUCCGGUCUGUGUUGGUCUCAAAGUCAUGUUAGGCCGCGAAAAACACCCAAAGUGUAACCACCGGCAGAGAUCUUGUGUGUCAAACUCGUUGAGAUAUUUUAUGGGCAACUUUGCCAUCGGUUGGACGGCACAGGUGUUGAUGAAUACGCUAAUGAGACCAAAGAGAUUGAUUAGAUCGCCAAAGACUGUCAUAAUAAGUAGUCUAACGGACAGUAAUAAUGUAUAUUUUGGUCUAUUUUUGGGCUCGUUUUCUGCUGUAUUUAAAUCAGUGAAUUGUCUGCUCAGGAGAUUCACAAACACAUCCCAAGACUGGCAUUCAUUGGUGGCCGCCCUCUGCGCCGGUCCAACCAUGUAUCUAUCAAGCAAUACGAUGAAUACAACGAUUGCCUUAUAUUUAUUAUGGAAAUCAAUUGAAAUGCUAUACUUGAUGGCCGUACGGAAGGGAUGGUUAGGGUAUAAGGAUCAGACCAUAAUGCUUUUAUACGCCAUGUCCACCGCACAGUUGGCGUACGUAACCAUUAUGGAGCCCCGGGCUAUGCGACCCUCGUAUCUAAAAUUUAUCGACAAAAUAACUGGUCAUAAAAUGAGCUCAUUUAACAGAACAGUGCUGGACGUGUUUGGGACGGGUUCCUCACUGGGCUAUGAGCACAACGUGUUUCCCAAUUUGUGUCCAAACCAUACUACUCGACAGUUUAAGGAGAAUGUAAUCAAUUGGAUUAUUUCCUAGAUUUUAAAAUCAUCUUUAACUUUCAC